GUGAGCGCGCACGCAAGACCAGUCCCUGCAGCAGAGCUGGGUAGCGCGUGUGUUUGUGCGCGGCGGAGGAGCCUUGAGGAGCGCACACGGAACCAGCGAAGAUGGACGGAGUGGGAUCGUUCGGAGCGGGCCGCAGCGGGUCCACUAUCGACCCGAUUACCUUCGCGAAACAACCGCAGACCAUCCUGAGAGUCCUGUCGUGGAUCUUCUCCCUGGUGGUGUUCGCCUCCAUCGUGAACGAGGGUUAUGUGAACAUCGGCAGCGAGCGCCUCUACUGCGUCUUCAACAAAAACGCGGACGCGUGCAACUACGGUGUGUUUGUGGGCCUGGUGGGCCUGCUGGCCUGCUCCUUCUUCCUGCUGCUUGACUACAAAUUCUCUUCCAUCAGCUCCGUCAAAGACCGCAAGAAGGCUGUCAUGCUUGAGAUCGGCUUCUCAGGUUUCUGGGCCUUCUUGUACUUUGUGAGUUUCUGCUUCCUGGCCAACCAGUGGUCUCGAACCACGGUCGACGAGCUGCCGCUCAACCAGGGGGCAGACGCAGCUCGGGCUGCGAUCGCCUUCUCCUUCUUCUCUAUAAUCACUUGGGCUGGUCUGACCGUGCGUGCGGUGCAGAAGUACCUGCUGGGCACUGACAUGAGCCUGUUCACCUCAGAGCACAUGGACGGCAGCGCCCCCACCCAGCCUUGUCCCUCCAACUCUCCGGGAGGGGGCACCACUGAGUCGACAGAAACCUACCAGAACCCGCCGUUUACAGAGAACAACGCGGCGCCGACAUACCAGGUUCCCAUUUACUAGACGAGACAAAGCCGUGCCGAGACUAGAAAAGGCGAAUAAAACCGCUCUCUUGUCAAUUUUCAACGAAGCUCGCAAAAAUCUGCUGUUUUGUUUCCUCCUCUUGUUGUUUAUUACGUGAACAUUCCAGCUCGGUCUGCACUUUUCUAGACUUACUUUCAUGCAGAUUGGAUUCCUCGGAUUAGGAUGAAAAAUAAAAAUAAAAGAAAGCAAACAAGAGGAGGAAUCAUAGAAGAUGAGGCCAUUUUGCAGUAGUCCAACUCGUAUGACAGAAGCGCCACCACUUUCACUUCAAAUCUUGAGUUCUCUUCUCCUUGCUGCGGUGAAGGAGUGAUCACAUGUAUGGAAUCUGCAUGUUUCCAAGUGUAGAGAUAGCAACUAAAGUGCCAUACUGUGCUGACAGUGACUUCAUUUCGAAAAAACGUCAUUACCACAACGUUUGUGUGACCAAGUGCAAUAUCUUACAUUCUCAUGCAGGUCGAUGUGUACUACUGUACUGUACUCUGGUGGAAGUAGACUUUGUGUGGAUGUAGACGGUGAAAGCAACCCUUGGAAACAGCAGGUUGUUUGAAAAAAAUAAUAAUUCAAGGUUACAUGUUAGGGGAGAUAUACUUGUAUAAAACACAAAGUAUAUACAGUACAGUAAUCAUGUCUAUUUUUAUAUUUUCUCCCAAACGUUCUUCUCAGUUGAAUUGUACAGGUUAUAUGUCAAGAUUUUUUUUAAAGUAAAAAAAAUUAUAUAAUUAUAUUUUUAGUAUAUUUUCCAUGAACUUGAUUGUACAGGCUAUAGGCCACAUUAUUAUUAUUAUUAUUUAAUAAUGAUGAUGAUAAUGUGUAUUGUUAUUAUUAGUAAUAAUCAAUUGUUAGUUCUUUUGAGUAUUAAUCAUCAUUGUUACGAUUACACUCCUGAUCAAACUCUGAAGACCAGUUGAAAAAUUGGACAUUUGGAUCUUAAUGAGGUUUUAAGCAGAGCUACAAGUCUUCAGAUUUUGAUCAGGUCUGCAUUUUAUUUGUAUUUAUUAUUAAUAAUACUGAUGAUGAUCUGUACUAUCAACACAUGUUAGGGGAAAAUAUAUGAAAUAUUUAUUUCACAUUUUAAUAUUAUUGUAUUUUUCCUGUACCAUUUGUUGAUUGUAUGUUAUAGGCCACAUUAUUAUUUAAGAAUAAUGAUGAAACUAACAUGUAUUAUUAUUACUAAUAAUCAAUUGCUGGUUAUUAGUAUCAAUAAUUUCAAUUAUUAUUAUUUGAUUUAUGUGUAUUUAUUAUUAAUAAUAAUAGUGUGCUAGCAACACAUUUUAAGGGGAAAUAUGUAAAAUAUUUUAUAUUUUCUCCCAAACAAAUGUGUUUCUUCCCAAUAGAAUUUUACAGGUGAUAUGUCACAAUAUUUUUGGAAAAAGUAAAAACAAAGUUAUUUUUAUUAUAUUUUUUCCCUAGCAUUUGUUGAAUGUACAGGUUAUAGGCCACAUGAUUAUUAUUAUUAUUAUUGAAUAAUGAUGAUAUGUAUUCUUCUUAUUAUUAGCAUUAAUAAUGAUUAUUACUGUAAUUAUAUUCUUAUUUAUUUGCAUGUAUUAUUUAUUAUUGAUAAUAUUACUGAUGAUCUGUACUAUCAGGACGUUAGGGGAAAUAUAUCAAAUAUUCAUAUUUUCUCCCCAACAAAUGUGUUUCUUCCCAAUUGAACUUUACAGGUUAUACUGUAUGUCACAAGAGUAUUUGUAAAGAAUUCCAAAUGAUGUAUUGUAGUCUAAUUUUAGAAAUGUGGUAUUUUAACAAGGGUGCGUUCACUUCCUAUAUCCACUGCGUAGUAGGCCCCCCGCCUCAAAUGACACACACUAUUCAGCUUUGAAUUGUACUAACAAAUCUCAGGCGGAUUUGACUUUUCAAUCCCCUCAAAUUGGAAUUCAAGCUUUAAUGUAACAACUAUUUAUCAUCCUCAUGGAUGUAGCGGUGAAUCAAAUGCUAAAUUAAACCCAAAUGUUGUGUCCAGGUUACAUUUCUGUACCAGGGAAUGUACGUUGUGUGUAAUCUGAGACGGCGUCAGACGUGUUUGUUUACUUUUUAGAAGCUGCCAAACUGCCCUGUGUUCUUAUGAAUCUUGAAUUAUUCUUCUUAUUAUUUUUAACACAUCACUGCUGUUUGGUAGAUGUCAAGUACGAGGUGAGGGAGAGGGUGUAGUGUGGUUAGCAUGCCAAACUAAUAUUGUUUUGGUGGUGGUUGGGAAGACUGGCUGGCUGAAUCAAAGAUGCUCUGCUGUUGCCAUGGCAACGAGGCGAGUACGAAGGCGUAUGGAGAUAAUCACCACGACAGCCGUGUUGAUGUGUAGCCUGUGUGUGUGUUGUGCGUUUGCGCAAGUCAGUGCAACGAGUCACUGUGUGUCUGAAUAAGCAUGUGUGAAUGCGUUUAAUAUUAUUAUCUUGGUGCUUAUUAAACUUAUUUUAAUUUGAUGUUUUUUCUGCAAAAUAUAUCAUCGUUUUCACUUUAAAGUAUCAAGAAUAGAGCCAAAUAUGCAUUUAAUUUCCCUUAGAAGACCUUGCCUGUAAUUCCUCAUGUUUCACCCGUGAAACAGCGCCCUCUGCUGAACAGAGCUGGUACACACAACUGAGAGACAACUAUCAAGUAUGUUAAAAGUGCAUGACGUUGUAGUAUGACAGUCGUGAAUUAAGUGAGAUUCAAAAGCCAUCAAUGCAGCAAACAAAUUAUUUGUUGUUUUAGUAAUUUUACUAAUAAUGACAUGAUUUGAAAGCGCUGAUAAUACAACUGCAUGAUCCCACAAUCUGUUUGCGCAAUGAUAAAAACGGGCCUUCCAGUUAAAUGUGACUGUUAUUAUUUCCUGUCAUGAAUUAAAAACGGUAAAAGACCAUGUAUUUUGGGUCCAUUGACACAUUUUAGUGGCUGUGGGGGGAACAUACAUGGGUGUUGUUCAUGUUGAAACUGUGUAAAGCCAAUAUAACUGCCAAAUCUAAUGCCGACGCAUGUUUUUGAAUGGAUUUCCAGCCGUUUAGCUGAGAGAAUAUCAACUUCCAGAGCGGCACGGAGCUUGAAUUAGUCUUUGCAGGUUGACUUACUCGUCAUUCAAGGGAGGAACUCAAUUUAAGAGCCGAUGGAAAGAUGUGUGGCUGGGUGUGACUGAUGCCGGGGUCAGAUUUUGUUGUUGUUCUUGUUGUUGUUCUCGGUGCUUCGCUCUCUCCUUCAGUCAGUCAUUGUGAUAGAUUAAAUUUAAAAAAAAAAGAAUAAAAAGAUAAUUCCAGCAUUCUCUCUAUGUUCUGUGCACUGCUCUAGUGUUGGUUGAUUGUACAAAUCGGUAUGUUAAUUCAAGUAAAUGGAUCAUGUGUGUGACGAUGUCCAGGGUCUGGAUUGUCCUGUACUGCUUUCAAAAAUGAUUAUUAACCAGAAUGCACUCUUUAUUCAGUAAUACCACUCAUAAAGGGGCCACUCAAAUGAAAGUCUUCUGUGAUCAUACUGUAGUUUUGUUCGACUGAGAUAAUCAAAGUGAUGAUAUGUAGUCAUUGUGAGGGUUCCAGUAUAAUUCUUUGCAUGGAUGUUACCAUUUUUUCCUCCCCGACAAGCUGAUAAUAAAAAUGAAAAGCCCAUAAUAAACUAACAAACAAGUGCAUUUGAUUUAGCGUGCUGCCCUUUUAUGAUGAUACUUAUGAGGUUUUUGUUCCCCUGUUUUCGAGGUGUUUUAGAUUUAUUCUGUGUAAAAGAAACAAUAAAACAAAAACAAAAAAACGCUGUGCAUAGACAAGUGUGUCACUGUCUAUUUCCUGAAUGUCUCUUGACUGCAGUCUAAACAUCGCUCUCAAAUAAAAAAGAUGACAUGUA